AUGACCAUGACCCUGCACACCAAAGCGUCCGGCAUGGCCCUGCUGCACCAGAUCCAAGCCAACGAGCUGGAGCCCCUGAACCGCCCGCAGCUCAAGAUCCCCCUGGAGCGGCCCCUGGGCGAGGUGUACGUGGACAGCAGCAAGCCCGCCGUGUACAACUACCCCGAGGGCGCCGCGUACGACUUCAACGCCGCGGCCGCCGCCUCUGCGCCCGUCUACGGCCAGUCGGGCCUCCCAUACGGCCCCGGGUCCGAGGCGGCGGCGUUCGGCGCCAACGGCCUGGGGGCCUUCCCGCCGCUCAACAGCGUGUCUCCGAGCCCGCUGGUGCUGCUGCACCCGCCGCCGCAGCCCCUCUCGCCCUUCCUGCACCCGCACGGCCAACAGGUGCCCUAUUACCUGGAGAACGAACCGAGCGGCUAUGCGGUGCGCGAAGCCGGCCCUCCCGCCUACUACAGGCCAAAUUCAGAUAAUCGACGCCAGGGUGGCAGAGAGAGAUUGGCCAGUACCAGCGACAAGGGAAGCAUGGCCAUGGAAUCUGCGAAGGAGACUCGCUACUGUGCGGUGUGCAAUGACUAUGCCUCAGGCUACCAUUAUGGAGUUUGGUCUUGUGAGGGCUGUAAGGCCUUCUUCAAGAGAAGUAUUCAAGGACAUAAUGACUACAUGUGUCCAGCCACCAACCAGUGCACAAUUGAUAAAAACAGGAGGAAGAGCUGUCAGGCCUGCCGGCUACGCAAGUGCUAUGAAGUGGGCAUGAUGAAAGGGGGGAUUCGGAAAGACCGAAGAGGAGGGAGAAUGUUGAAGCACAAGCGCCAGAGAGAUGAUGGAGAGGGCAGGAACGAAGCAGUGCCCUCCGGAGACAUGAGAGCUGCCAACUUUUGGCCAAGCCCGAUCAUGAUUAAACACACUAAGAAGAACAGCCCGGUGUUGUCCCUGACGGCUGACCAGAUGAUCAGUGCCUUGCUGGAGGCUGAGCCCCCCAUAAUCUAUUCUGAGUAUGAUCCUAACAGACCUUUCAGUGAGGCUUCAAUGAUGGGCUUGCUGACCAGCCUUGCAGACAGGGAGCUGGUACAUAUGAUCAACUGGGCAAAGAGGGUGCCAGGAUUUGUGGAUCUGGCCCUUCAUGAUCAAGUCCACCUACUGGAAUGUGCCUGGCUAGAGAUCCUCAUGAUUGGUCUUGUCUGGCGCUCCAUGGAGCAUCCAGGGAAGCUCCUAUUUGCUCCUAACCUCCUCCUGGACAGGAACCAGGGAAAAUGUGUGGAAGGCAUGGUAGAGAUCUUUGACAUGUUGCUGGCUACAUCAUCUCGGUUCCGUAUGAUGAAUCUCCAGGGAGAGGAGUUUGUGUGCCUCAAAUCCAUCAUCUUGCUUAAUUCUGGGGUGUACACAUUUCUGUCCAGCACUCUGAGGUCUCUGGAAGAGAAGGACCACAUCCACCGCGUCCUGGACAAGAUCACAGACACCUUGAUCCAUCUGAUGGCCAAAGCGGGCCUGACUCUGCAGCAGCAGCACCGGCGCCUGGCCCAACUCCUCCUUCUCCUCUCGCAUUUCAGGCACAUGAGCAACAAAGGCAUGGAGCAUCUAUACAACAUGAAGUGCAAGAACGUGGUGCCUCUCUACGACCUGCUGCUGGAGAUGCUGGAUGCCCACCGCCUGCACGCCCCAGCCAACUUAGGGAGCGCACCCCCAGAGGACGUGAAUCAGAGCCAGCUGGCCACCACUGGCUGCACUUCAUCGCAUUCCUUGCAAACAUAUUACAUCACCGGGGAGGCAGAGAAUUUCCCCAGCACAGUCUGA